AUUUUAGCUCAGCUAUUUUAUAUGCAUGUUUUGCUGUAACCAAUAUAUUUGCUCCAACGAUUGUAUCAAUGGUUCGACCAGCUGUUGCAAUGUUUCUUGGUGGAACAACUUAUUUUCUUUAUGUUCUUUCAUUUAUUUAUCCAAUGACAUGGUCAUAUUAUAUUGUAUCAGUUUUAGUUGGUAUAGGUGCUGCUGUUCUUUGGACAGCACAAGGAGUUUAUUUAGCAAAUAAUUCUAAUGAAAUAACAAUAAGUCGUAAUUCAGGUAUUUUUUGGGCUUUAUUUCAAGUUAGUCUUUUAUCUGGUAAUAUUUAUAUAUUUAUAUCAUUAAAAACUGAAAUGAUUGAUCGUGCAACACGUAUACCAUUAUUUGUGGUUUUUUCAAUUGUAUCAGCUAUUGGUUUAGUUUUAUUUAUACUUAUUAUAUGGCGUUCAUAUAUUGAAAAAAAUCGUGAUACUUUAAUACGUACAGUUGAAGAAAGACGAAAUACUUUAGUAGAUAUUGUUGACACAUUUAAAAUAGCUGUUAAAUUAUUAAAAACACGUAAUAUGCUUUUAUUACUUAUUCCAUUUGCAUAUUCGGGAUUUUCUAACACAUUUUUUCAAGGAGUUUAUGCAACAUGUAUUGGACAUUAUGUUAAAUAUGGAGAUACUCGAAAACGAUUAAUCGGUUUGCAUGGUAUUCUUGUUGGUUGUGGUGAAAUUUUAGGUGGAGGUCUAUUUGGAUUUAUUACAAAACCAAAAACAUCAUCACAAAGAGCUUUAAUGAUUCUUAUUGGUUUUCUUUUACAGAUAAUUUAUUAUUAUUCUGUAUUUGUUAAUUUUCCAUCAGAUGCAUCAUCUCGUGAAACAAAUGCAAAACCAUAUUUUGAUUUUAGUUCUAAAACAAGUCAAAUUAUUGCAUUUAUAAGUUCAUUUAUUGUUGGUCUUGGUGAUAGUAGUUUAAAUACUCAAUUAAUGAAUGUAUUAGCUAUACGAUAUAAACAAUGUUCGGCUUCAGCUUUUGCAAUAUUUAAACUUGUUCAAUCUUUAAUGGCUGCUGUUGGAUUCUUUUAUGCUGGUUCACUUCAAAUAGAAUGGCAAUUAUUAGUCGUUGUUAUAUUUUUAUUUUUUGGUACAUUGGCUUUCUUUUCAGUUUUAUUUGAUGAUAAAGGAAGUGAAUUAAUAACAACGUCAGUAACUGUUACUCUACAAGAUAGUGAACAAGAUAGUUAUCAAAAUUAUUCAUCAUCCAUUGCAUAA